AUGCAUCGUCAUCAUUUUGCUCGUUCCUUUGCGUCAUCUUCGCUAUCUUCCUGUCUGUUUGCAUCCAACAACAAUCAAAAGUGUCAUCCCAUCAUCAAAAAACAUGUUCUCACGUCCUCCAUCUAUGAAACGAGACGCAAGUCAUCCAAUUUCUUUUUCAACAACAGUAUCAUUAACACAAGAAGAAAUUUGAGCGUUUGUGUGGUCGGAAGCGGCCCAGCAGGCUUCUACACUGCCAAACAGUUGUUGGGAAAGGAGUGUCAAGCAAUUUUCGGAAAGGAGUCAGUGAACAUUACGAUUAUUGAACGAUUGCCAACACCGUAUGGGUUGGUGAGAUAUGGUGUCGCUCCAGACCAUCCCGAAGUCAAGAAUGUUCAAAAUGAUUUUGAUCAAGUGGCUUCCGAUCCAAGAGUCCAAUUCAUUGGAAAUGUGUCACUCGGAAAAGAUGUAAGGCUGAAAGAGUUGCAAGAAUUAUUUGAUGUGGUCGUUCUAUCGUACGGAGCAGAAAGCGAAAGAACCCUCGGAAUAAAGGGUGAAGAUUUACAAGGUGUUGAAAGUGCAAGAGAAUUUGUCGCUUGGUACAAUGGGCUUCCAUCUCAUACCAAGGAGCAUACAGCUGAAAAAUUCAAAAAUCUGGUACAGAACUCAAAGAAUGCAGUUAUUAUUGGGCAAGGUAACGUUGCACUCGAUGUAGCUAGAAUAUUGGCUCGACCUGUAGAAACGCUCAAACCCUAUGAUGUCACCUCUCAAGCUAUGCACGUUUUAGAGAAUUUUAACAAGAAUUUAAAUCAUAUUUUAGUGGUGGGAAGAAGAGGACCUGUUCAAAUUGCAGCUACCACAAAAGAAUUAAGAGAAUUGAUCAAGCUUAAUUGCCUCCAUGUAGAUCCUGCACAAAUACAGGAUGAGAAUUUGGAUGAAAUCUCUAAGGAGCAAUUGCAUAAGGAGGGCAGAGUUAAACAACGUUUGAUACAAUUAUUACAAACAGCAGUGGUGAAACCCACCUUGCCUGAUAACACAAAACUCGUCGAGCUUGUUUUUUUCAGAAAUCCUGUGGAGUUUAUACCGAAAAAGGAUGACCCCUCUCGCAUUGGAUCUAUUAAAUUUGAAAUUACCAAACUCGAGAAAGACCCUAACGGUGGACUUGAACCAAAAGCUGUUGGAACUGGCAUUUUCGAAGAAAUUGAAUGUGAUUUGGUGUUUAAAAGCAUUGGAUAUAAGAGUGUGCCUGUGGAUCCAGACAUUCCAUUCGAUCACAAAAAGGGAGUUGUUGUCAAUGAGCACGGAAGAGUUGUGAAUCCUCACAAUAAGCAACCCUUAAAUGGAGUUUAUGUUUGUGGUUGGCUGAAACGUGGUCCUUCUGGUGUUAUUUUGUCAAACAUUUAUGACGCUGAGGAGACUGUUGAGUGUAUAACUAAUGAUUUUUCAUCAGGCAACCUAGCUUGCUCCAAAAAAGAUGCUCACACAAAUCUUGUCUUGACACUCCAGACCAAGAACAUUCCUUUUGUUAAUUUUGGUCAAUACAAGAAAUUGGAGCAGUUCGAAGUGAAUGAAGGCCAAAAGAUGGGAAAAAUUAGAGAAAAGGUUUUGCAUGUUCCUGAUAUGCUCAAUAUUUGUUUCAAGUAA